AUGGCUCCUUACAGACUGGAUCAACUAUUGGCUAAAUAUGAAUUGGGAGAGACGUUGGGAACUGGCGCGUUCUCAGAAGUGAAAACUGCAAUUGAACGCUCGACCAAAAACCGUUUCGCAAUCAAAAUCAUUGACAAGGCGAAAUGUAAAGGCAAAGAAUCCAUGAUUGAAACUGAAGUCAACAUUCUCAAACGUGUUCGACAUGAUAAUAUCAUUCAGUUGUAUGAGAUGUAUGAGAUUGAUUCCAAGAUUUAUCUGGUUAUGGAACUGGUCACUGGUGGUGAAUUGUUCGACGACAUUGUGUCGCGUGGGAAAUACACUGAGGGUGAUGCUGCCAAGAUUGUAUUCAAGAUUUUGUUGGCUACCGACUACUUGCAUUCGUUGGGGAUUGCGCAUCGUGAUUUGAAGCCUGAAAAUCUGUUACUAUCAGACAAGAGCAAGAAUGCCAAGAUUAUGAUUAGUGAUUUCGGAUUGUCCAAGAUUUUUAAUGAUGAUGAGUUGAUGAGGACUGCGUGUGGGACUCCUGGUUAUGUUGCCCCAGAAGUACUGAAACGACAAGGAUACAGCAAGGAGAUUGACUUGUGGUCUCUUGGUGUCAUUACUUACAUCCUCUUAUCCGGCUACCCACCAUUCUACGACCAAAACAAUGUCGAACUGUUUAAGCAAAUCAUGGCCGGAAAAUACGAAUUCGAUCGUCCAUGGUGGGACAAUGUUUCAGACUCUGCCAAGGAUUUCAUUCGUCAUUUGCUUGUACUGGACCCCAAAUCUCGAUACACUGCUAAACAAGCACUCGCGCAUCCAUUCAUUGUGGACAAUUGUGGAACUGCAGAGCAGUAUGAGGCUGCUGCUGCUACGCGACCUGUUGCAGGACCGCAUGGCACACCGCCAAAAAACAAUAGUCAUAGUACAUGGAAAGAUGAUGUUGACAUGGCUGAUGCUGAAAUGCAGCAUGCAGAGCAAGCUAAUUUGGCACCUAAUGUGCAGUCUAAUUUGAAUCGGGUUUAUUCAAAGCCUUCUAUGAAGAAUGUAAACGAAGUAACAGAAGGACGCCCACUGAGUGAAAAGCGACACUCUAUAGAUGAUUCUGGAUACGUAAACUCUCGUGAAUCUGUUUCUCCCCAACCACAGUCACCUCCUCAACAACCUCAACAGCCAUACCAACAACCACAGCAGCAAAGUCACCAGCAAACACAACAGCAGCAACAUCACCAGCAACAACAGCACCAGCAGUAUUCUUCUCAGUCUGGAGGAACGAAAACAGGAAUGUGGACUCGUUUGUUUGCCAGAAAGUGA